GUUGCAUUAUAAAGCAUCAACCAUUGUGCUGAGAGACUUUCCUUUGUGAAUUCUGAAAACAGAAUGGCAGCUCUAGGGUUAGAGAUCCUAGGGGUCACUUUAGCUGUGUUCGGUUGGAUUGUAGGCAUUUUGUCUUGUGCUUUGCCCAUGUGGAUGGUCACAGCUUUCAUCGGAGUGAACAUCGUUACGGCGCAGACCAUAUGGGAGGGAAUCUGGAUGAACUGUGUGGUGCAAAGCACUGGUCAGAUGCAGUGCAAAAUCUACGACUCCAUGCUGGCCUUGAGCUCAGACUUGCAGGCAGCCCGGGCUCUGUGUGUGAUUGCCAUUGUGAUGGGAGUACUGGGAUUCCUUCUCUCCAUUUUGGGGGCCAAGUGCACUAAAUGCCUAGAUGAGGAGCGCGUAAAAGCCAAAGUUAUGAUCGCCGCUGGAGUCACCUUCAUCUGUGCUGCAGUCAUGCACUUGAUCCCUGUGUGCUGGUCUGCUCAUAAUAUCAUCAGGUCCUUCUACAACCCUAUAAUCAUUGAGGCACAAAAAAGGGAGAUAGAAGACAUGUCUUUAGGCCUGGAGCUCAUCGGUAUUGUGUCAUGUGUGCUGGGCUGGCUUUUGGCCAUCGUGGCUUGUACUCUCCCCAUGUGGAGGGUCACAGCCUUCAUCGGCUCCAACAUUGUGACGGCUCAGAUUAUCUGGGAUGGCCUGUGGAUGUCCUGCGUGGUUCAGAGCACCGGACAGAUGCAGUGUAAAGUCUAUGACUCCAUGCUGGCUCUCUCUCAGGAUCUUCAAGCAGCUCGAGCCCUGACUGUGAUAUCCAUCCUUCUGACUGUCCUGGCUGUAUUGGUGUCCAUCGGUGGAGCCAAGUGCACUAAUUGCAUUGAAGAAGAGUCAUCCAAAGCUAAAGUCAUGAUCUUCGGAGGGGUGCUGUUCAUCGUAGCUGGGCUUAUGCAGCUGAUUCCUGUAUCCUGGUCUGCCAACAGCAUCAUCAGGGACUUUUACAACCCUUUGCUGCCUGACGCCCGGAGACGGGAGAUGGGAGCAGCGCUCUACAUCGGCUGGGCAGCAGCCGCACUCCUGAUUUUGGGUGGAUCGUUGCUUUGUUGCUCCUGCCCUCCACAGGAGAAAAAAUAUAACCUGUCUCGGAUGCCGUAUCCUGCGUCUCGCUCGACAGGUGGGGGAGGAUAUGACAGAAGAGACUAUGUGUGAAACAAACAAAGGACAACUCUGAAUUCAGGGUUGCAGUGUUCAAUACAUGGGCAAAAAAUACGCCAUACAUUCUCCAUCGUGGGGGAAACAUGUCUUAUGAAGUUGUUUGAUGUUUUAGUUUUUCAUUUAAGUGCGAUUUUGUCUGUUCAGAGUAUAAGGACACUUACAGUGAGAAAUUACCUUUUGUAAUUGCUUUGAACAUGCAUUCUAUGUCAGUUACGUUCAACUGAAAUCUCAACGAAACGUCAUUUUUAGUUAACUGAGGUGUAUAAAGUCGAUUUAUUGGUAAUUUCUUUUAGUUUUCUGGACUAGUUACACUAAGAUUUUAGGUUUGAUUUAGAUGUAUUUUGACAUAGAGAAGUUGACUGUGUGUUCACUAUAUGUUGUAGAAUUAAAAAUGCCAAUAUCCUUUUUUCUUAAACCAUCAACUAGACACUGUGCAUGAUUCAAAUUGUAAUGGGCAUUUCUUUAUUAUUUAUACUUGUCUAUUUGUACAAAUUGAAUUUUUUUAUAUGUAUAUUAUUGGUUCAUACUACCACUUAAAUUCGUAAGCUAAAAUAUUAAAUAACAAAAUAAACUGAACUAAAAGCUGGACCAAGGUUCAUUUAAGUGUAGAAAUGUGAGAGGAGGGUCAGAAUGGUGGGAGUUUGAGUACUUUAUCUGAGAGCACAGAGACGGAAAGGACAACGGAGUACAGGUUUCUGUAAAAGGUAAUUUUGUCCUUUAGUGUCCAUAUUAUAGACUGUUUACGGUAGUACUGUAAUGCUGAUCAACAAAAUUAAGAUG